CGACAAAAAGGCCAUACUGUCCGCUGUUUUCUGUUCCCGCGCCUAUCUGCCUGGUUCCGGGCCCCUAAACACGUUGUGUUGCGUCGCGGCGCCAGGGCGCCCUCGCCGGCAUCAUGGCCCGAAAUGCAGAAAAAGCCAUGACUGCCCUGGCGAGAUUUCGUCAAGCCCAGCUGGAAGAGGGAAAAGUCAAGGAACGGAGACCUUUUCUUGCUUCUGAAUGUACUGAGUUGCCGAAAGCGGAGAAGUGGAGACGACAGAUCAUUGGAGAGAUCUCAAAAAAAGUCGCUCAGAUUCAGAAUGCUGGUUUAGGGGAAUUCCGAAUCCGAGACCUGAAUGACGAAAUUAACAAGCUGCUAAGGGAGAAAGGACACUGGGAGGUGCGGAUCAAGGAGCUAGGCGGUCCUGACUAUGGAAAAGUUGGCCCUAAGAUGCUGGAUCAUGAAGGUAAAGAAGUCCCAGGAAACCGAGGUUACAAGUACUUUGGGGCAGCCAAAGAUUUGCCUGGUGUCAGAGAGCUAUUUGAGAAAGAACCCCUUCCUCCUCCCAGAAAGACACGUGCUGAGCUCAUGAAGGCAAUCGACUUUGAAUACUAUGGUUACCUGGAUGAAGACGAUGGAGUUAUUGUGCCCUUGGAACAAGAGUAUGAGAAGAAACUCAGAGCUGAGCUGGUGGAAAAAUGGAAAGCAGAGAGAGAGGCUCGGCUGGCAAGGGGAGAAAAGGAAGAGGAGGAGGAGGAGGAAGAGGAGAUCAACAUCUAUGCUGUCACGGAGGAGGAGUCUGAUGAGGAAGGCAGCCAGGAGAAGGCAGGGGAAGAUGGUCAGCAGAAGUUCAUUGCUCAUGUUCCGGUGCCAUCCCAGCAGGAGAUUGAAGAGGCGCUUGUACGGAGGAAGAAAAUGGAACUGCUCCAGAAAUAUGCAAGUGAGACCCUUCAGGCACAGAGUGAAGAAGCCAAGCGACUCCUGGGGUACUAGGAUGAACUAGAGCCCUUCUUGAACUCUGGAAGAUCUGGUGGGUGUGCUUGGUAUGCCAUGGCAUGCCAUCCUCAGAGCUGCCCUGGGCUGUGUCUAGGCUGCCUGGCGCUGGAAGGCCCUGUGCAUUUCUCACCCUUUAUCUGGCCUCCUCUCUGGACAUGUGAGCUGACCUGAUGACAGGGCUUUGUCCCUUCCCGGUAAGCUGCCAGGGUACUGAAUACUUUAGUAAACAUCACCUUUGUACAGAUGCCUUUGCUACUGUAUAGAUCCAUUAAUUUUUGUUUUGGACUAUGUAAAAUCUGUUCUCUGAAAAUUUAUUCUGCCCUGUGCUAUGCUUUUGGGAAUCAAGAAGGAUCAAUUAGUAGCCAAUUUUUAAAAAAUACAUGAUUUUUAAUCAAAUCACAUCCAAAAUCAGAGCCAAAUCUCUGGGAGACUGAGAUGGUGUAUCUGCCCUGAGAUGGAGUUCCAUGGUCAGUGGGGACCCAUCUCCUUGGCUGGACACUGCUCUCCCUGCCAUGAGCCCCUCUGGGAGAGCUGCUUCACCUUCUCCGGUUCUGUGCACAGGACUUUUGAGUUAGCAACUUUAUUUUUAUAACUUGUUUCAGAGAAAGGUACUUUUAUUAAAGUUUUAAUAGAAAGGAAA